AACUAGCAGAAGCGCAAAGUGAAAGCUGAGCGUCUGGAGCCCAGAUCCACGGGGCCGGGCGCCUGCCCUGAGGAGGAGGAGGAGAAGGAGGAGGAAGAAGAGGAAGGAGAGGAAAAGGAGGAGGAGGCCUGCCAGCUAGUACACCUGCGUCUGGCUUCCUCCUGCCCCAGCCCAGCUGGGCGAGGCGGGAGGGAGCAGAGCCAGCACCCCUGAAAGUGAGCCUCCCGCGCUUCCAGCAGAAGCAUCUGGAGCGGAGAAGGACCAGCCAGCCGCUCUUGCUCCUCCUUGCAGACCCCACAGCUCAGGCUCUGACAUGGCAGCUGUCUUGGGGAGCAGCCGAGGGGCCGGAGGGCUCAGCGGUCAGUUCAGGUGCAAGUCCAAGAGGCGACGGCGAAGGAGGUCCAAGAGGAAAGGCACGAGCAGCACUGAGGUGAAGGAGAACAGGAACGUGAAGAGUCUGGAGGCCGGGAGACCGGUGGGGGAAGCAUGCGGAGGGGGGCCAGCAUUGAAGAGGAAGCGACCCUUGGAGGAGGGCAACGGUGCCCAUGUAUGCCAACUGCAGGUCCUCUGGCAGCGGCUGUCGUGGUCGGUGGCACCCAAGAACGCGUUGGUACAGCUGCACGAGCUCCGCCCAGGGCUGCAGUACCGCACUGUGUCGCAGACCGGCCCAGUGCACGCACCUGUCUUCGCUGUGGCUGUGGAGGUGAACGGGCUGACAUUUGAGGGCACCGGGCCCACCAAAAAGAAAGCCAAGAUGCGCGCAGCAGAGCUGGCCCUCAAGUCCUUCGUGCAGUUCCCCAAUUCCUGCCAGGCACAGCUGGCACUGGGCGGCACAACCAGCCCCUGCCCCGACUUCACCUCCGACCAGGCUGACUUUCCGGACACACUCUUCAAGGAGUUUGAGCCCUCAGAGCCCCGAGGUGACCUCCCGGGCUGCCGUCCCACUGGCCCCGAGCUGCUGCCCACGGCCUGUCCCCGGAGCCGACUGCUGUGCCGCACGUUGGACCUCUUGGGUCCCACUAGGCCUCCCGUGGGGGGCCUGGGCACUGGGGAGAGGAACCCCGUGGUGGUGCUGAGCCAGCUGCGCUCAGGCCUGCGCUAUGUGUGCCUGUCGGAGACAGCCCCGAGGCAGCGACCCCGGAGCUUCGUCAUGGCUGUGUGCGUGGACGGGAGCACGUUCGAGGGCUCGGGCCGCAGCAAGAAGCUGGCCCGGGGCCAGGCGGCUAUGGCAGCCCUGCAUGCCCUCUUCAACAUCCGGCUGCCCGGCCCUGGGCCCAGCGGGAGCAGAAGCCGCCUCCUGCCACAGGAAUUCGGUGACUCAGUGGCACAUCUGGUUGCACAGAAGUUCCGAGAGGUGACCCGGGGCCUGGCAUCAGGGCACGGCCGCCACAAAGCGCUGGCUGGGAUUGUCAUGAGUAGAGGCCUGGACAUCCGGCAAGCACAAGUGGUGGUGGUGUCCUCAGGAACCAAGUGCAUCAGCGGAGAGUACCUCAGUGACCAGGGGCUGGUGGUGAAUGACGGCCAUGCGGAGGUGCUGGCCCGGAGGGCACUGCUGCUCUUUCUGUAUACCCAGCUCCAGCUGCACCUAAGCGAGCAGCGGGAGGACCAGGAACGCUCCAUCUUCGUGCGGCUGGAAGAGGGGGGCUACAGGCUGCGGGAGCAGGUGCGGUUCCACCUCUACGUGAGCUCGUCACCCUGUGGAGACGCCCGGCUGCACUCCCCCUACGAGUUCACGGCCGAGUUGAGCAGCAGCAAGCACCUGGUCAGGAAGCUCCGAGGGCAUCUGCGCACCAAGAUCGAGUCUGGGGAGGGCACAGUGCCUGUGCGGGGUGGCGGCACAGUCCAGGCAUGGGACAGUGUCCUGCUGGGCGAGCAACUGGUCACCAUGAGUUGCACGGACAAGAUCGCCAGGUGGAGCGUGCUGGGGCUGCAAGGGGCCCUCCUCUGCCACUUCAUCGAGCCCGUAUACCUGCACAGUGUGGUCGUGGGCGGCCUGCGCCACACUGGCCACUUCUCCCGGGUGCUGGCUCACAGGACCAGGGACAUCGGCCCACUGCCAGCCCCCUAUCGACACAACCGGCCCCUCCUCUGCGGAGUGAGCGACACCAUGGUGCGCCAGCCAGGGAAGUCUCCUCACUUCAGCGUGAACUGGGUGGCCGGAGCAGCCGAUGUAGAGGUCCUGGACACCACCACAGGCAGGAGAAGCUGUGGGGCCCCGUCCCGACUCUGCAAACAUGAGCUCGCAACAUGCUGGGCUCAUCUCUACAGGAAGCUGAGCCCGAGGAUCCAGAGACCUGCAGAAACACCGUCCUUGUACUGUGAGGCCAAGCUUGGGGCACGCACCUACCAAGCGGUUAAGCAGCAGCUGUUCCGGGCAUUCCAGAAGGCCGGCCUGGGCACGUGGGUGCGGAAGCCACCAGAGCAGGAGCACUUCAUACUGACCCUAUGAGCCGCCUGCAGACCAUGCGCUGGCCUGUGUGCGUGUGUCUGUGCGCGUCUACUAUGACCUGACUGCAGUGUUGAGGACUCCUCAGCUCUUCUCUUGGUGUCCCCAAAACAUAGGUGUGUUCAGGAACAAAUGCACAGGCACCUGCUCCAGGACUCCAGCAGUGCCCCAUGUGCUGGGGAGUGGGGGAAGCUGCAGGCCU